AUGACUAUUGUAGCGGCUUCUUCUUCUUCACUACUACUUCCCUCCGCCUCUGAAGGGAUAUGUUACCCAUUGACCUAUGGAGUAACUUGCAGUUCUAUCAAAUACCCCAUUGAUGGGCGAAGGGUGCAUGAUCUUACCAACACAAGAUGCAAAAGUCCAUUGUUUGGAUCAGCACACUUCCUUUGGCUAUCCACGGAGCAUGAUUUCCUUUCAAAGAUUUGUGUUGCUGCAGACUAUUCAGAUUCUAUAUCUGAUUCAUACCAUCCUCUUGAAAAACUGAAAGUUUCCAAUGAUGUUCCACCAGCUAGACUCUCUUCUGCUGAAAUAGCUAGAACUACUAUUGAGGCUACUAGAGACGCUUUGCUAAUAUUUCCUGGAAUGGUACACUCUGAACGGCAUGAACAGAUUUCAUGGGCUGAGUCUCAAUUUGUUAUUGAUGAAUACGGAGAGAUAUAUUUUAGAAUAUUUGAUGACGAAAACCUUUUGGCAGAUCGUGGGGCAUAUAAUCCGGUGAAUGCUUUAUUUGGAAUGGACAUCCCAAUGUAUGAUAAUACAAGGAUAAUUAGUGAAUAUGACAUUUUCUAUGGCGGCAUCACUGAUCCAUUCCUGAUUGAUGAUGAUUUUAUUGAGGUUCCAGAAAUUGAAGAGUUUAAUGCUCUAGAUAAUCCCAUUUACUUUUCGAAGUGCUUGGAAAAGGCUGUCAACAGGGAAUGUGAAAAGAGAAUGAGUCAUCCUUCGAAUGGUGUUUCCAUUCUAGGGAACCUCAUACCUGCUUACGCAGAUGAAGAGUUUUACAAAAGAAUGAUAAAAUACACUUCAGAUGGUCAUGGAUACAUGCCUGAUUGGGAAGGUUUUUUCUCAAAUCGUGUUAAUGGUAAAAGAGAGACUAAUUUUAUGUUAUAUAAGUUGAAGAAUGAGCAAAUCAAGCUAAACUGUGUGUAUGGAUCUCAGUCUGAGAUUAACUUACUAGAGUUUGAAGAUGCUGAACCUGAUAUUCUUAUACACACUUCUUGGGGACUUCUCAUGCUUUUCAACCGAAAAUAUCAUGAUGCUCUUAAAGCUUUUUGCAAAAAGAAAGGUCUUGAUGCUGAGGAAGCACAUUUUAUUGGGCUUGAUAGCCUAGGUGUGGAUGUUAGAGUAUUCUCAGAGAAAGAAGUAAAAACUCAUCGCUUUUCGUUCAAAGUCCAGGCCAAGUCCGAAGAUAUGGCUGUAAAGCAGAUUGAGAAACUUUUGUAUACCCCAUCUAGGUGA